UAAGCCUGUACAUUCGUCAUUGCCAGCAGUUUAAUAUUCCCUCACGUUUCGUUUCGUUGGACUUAGCGUCAGUACGGCAUUCUGGUCACGUCGAACUUUCGUCUCGAGCGAAGAUAAUUUAAAAAAAAAGAAGUACGGUAAAUAAAUAGCUAUAGAGAUCCUCCAGCGUAAAGAGGCCCGGACAAGGCGACGUGCCGCUGCAGCUCAAUCUCGGCGAAGAUUCAUCGCGCUUCGUCCACGAUCUUUACGCCUUCUUCAUCCUCCUCUUCGACGCGUCGCUUCCACCGUCAGCAAGCGCGGCAAGCAACACGCGACCAGGAAAGAUGGGACUCUCUUAGCGCCGAUCGAGUCGGUCCCGCGAUUUACCGUCGUCCAAAUCGAUCGCUGUUCUACUCCGAGUAGAACCCGCGUCGGGCUUGAACCACUUUCGACCCAUUGUUAAACGAACUCGGUCAAGAUAACACGCGCGGAGACUGUCUUUGAAAGUGCGACGGCAGUGUCUUACGUUUCUUUCGCCGCGAUCGUCCAGCCCAGUUAUGUUCUCGAUCAAGUACAGCAAGCAAUUUCUGAGCUACCGUAUACUCAAGUCCAACCGGUUCAAAUAUAUCUGACGAUACGGACUCGGACUACGUGGUAGAGGGUGCGCGCAAGGUGGUGUGUGUGUAUUGUACCGCGGGCGACUUGUCGUACCUACGGUGCUCAGGAAGAGGCGGCUUGCCCCAGAGCAAGACCUGGAAAGUCUUGUGUCAGAGUUCAAUGGCCGAAUCGGUUCGCACGACGACGCGAGCCUGAGGAAGCUGACGGCGACGACGCGACGGAAGACCGGCGUCAUCGAAAAUCGCUAGUGAGGCGAAUCUUUCGAGGGCAAGGGGCACGCGAGAGAUCGGGAGGGAAAGAGAUUGUUGCAAAACAAACGGAAUUGGUAAUGACGAUUGGUCGUUUCGUCGUUGAGGAAAUUUGUGAUCGGAUAAACGAAGUAUUAUAGCUUUUGGAUUAAACAAUUGCGAGAAAAGCGGCGGAGAUCCAAUCGAUUACGACAACGAGUUAUUUCGUUAAGCGAGAAAAAGUCUCGAGCGAGAGGACUGAGAAAUUGACAGUCAGAACUAAUUAAUAAUCAGAAUUCUUUCAAGCCGUGAAAGGCAUUGCCGUGGCAGCUGCGACUUUGUUGUCGAGGAGAUUUUCAAGCGAGAGAGUAAAUUGAAUAUUAGUCGUUAGCGAGGCGAAAAAUUCCCGAGAAGGCUCCCUCCGAGGGACGCGAUUUUUCCAGAGCAAAAAAAAAACGACAUUGCUCGAGGAUAAUGCGUGUGUACGUCAGCUUGUGAAAGAUCAUUAGAGCGCAGAUCGUGCGGCGGGAUCGGAGUUGAGCGAGUGGAAAGCAACCUCGGGGAUUCCUUCAAGAGAGGCACCGGACGCGACUUUUCACGACGCAAUCGUACGCUCGCGUGUGCCCGUUCGCACACGCGCGCGCACACGGGGCCUGCGUAAAACGCGCGUAAUCAGGCCUGCAUAAAACGCGAAUUAAACGGAGUCGCUAAUUAAAGCGACGAUCGAGCGAAAUCCGCACGUCUUUGGCAAGUCGGCGCUGAGAAUCGAUUCAAGUCGGGGGCAAAAGUAAUGAAAAAUAUGAUCGUUUAUGUUCCGGGCAGAAUGCCAACUCACGUUGGUCCCUACGGCGCCGCUCGUUACCCGGGCACCCUGCUAGGAGCUGUCCCGGGUUUUUACAGCCCGGUUACCGGCUACUCCACCAGCCCGGUCUCGAGCUACUACGGGAGCAUCCAGCACCAGCCACCGCUGGAUCUUCCGGUUUGGCCGCGGAGGAUGCCGGCCGAGGAGGAACUAGGGGCCUCGCCGACCGCUAGCUUGGCCGGGCUGGGGGUGUCCCCGGGCAACGGCGGGCCCCCGAGCCCGGCGCACAGUGACUCGGACGCGUCCAGCUCGAGUUUGGAACUGGGGACCAUCAGGACCGGUGAAAACGCCCAACUAAAAUGCAGAUGGCAAAACUGCGGCCGAUGGUUCACGUCCCUGGAGCAGCUCGCAGGACACGUCGCGAGAUUACACGCCGCGCCCGGUUGGAAGGGUCUGUUUUACUGCGGAUGGGAGGGAUGCGCGAGAGGCGAGCGUGGGUUUAAUGCCAGGUACAAGAUGCUGGUCCACGUACGGACACACACGAACGAGAAGCCGCACCAUUGCUUCCAAUGCGACAAGAGCUUUAGCAGAGCCGAGAACCUGAAGAUCCACGCGCGUUCCCACACCGGUGAACGCCCUUACGUCUGUCCCGUCGAGGGCUGCAAAAAGGCCUACUCGAAUUCCUCGGACAGAUUCAAGCAUACUAGAACCCAUGCUGUGGAUAAGCCGUAUUACUGCAAGGUGCCGGGCUGCCCGAAGAGGUACACCGAUCCAUCAUCCUUGAGGAAGCACGUCAAGACCUACCGCCACUACGUGAACAACAACGAUAAGGUGCAAGAGAAGAGCUUCGACGACAGCAGCGUCCAGGAAAAAACGAGAUUCGACGCUAAUUCGCCCGACAAGCAGAGCAGUAGCGCGCAUUCCGAGUCGGACAAGAAAGACUCCAGUAUUGAGAGCAGCGUCUCGGGUUGUAGUCCGAAGACCAGCAACAGCUUCGAGGAACAGAGAAACUUCGUCGAGUGGAACAACAUGUACAAUCUCCAGGAACAGCGGAAAGAACAGGAGCAGGUUACCCCGCCGAAACCAUACGAGCAGGAUAUGAAGAUCUAUCCGAGGAUGUAUGACGAUAGUUACAUCAUACCGGACAGGAUUCAAGUGAAUCCCAUGUACGCUUCCGGCACCACCAUCAUCAAGGAUUGCUCCGUAACGUUGUCGCCGCAUGCGAGUCCGGGUCGAAUGUCGGACUCGAUGCCGCGUAUUGGAAUGCAGUCGACGCCCAUCAAGACCGAGGAGCCCAUGGAGUACAGCGUCGCUAAGACCACCACGGUAGACUACAGGAACAUCGAGUCGAUCGUCAACAGUACGCCCUGCAAAAAGGAGAGCGCGGUUAGCUGCGAUCCUGUGAGGCAUUCGGUGAUCAAGCGGGCGGAGGAUCUGAAGAUGGAGGUGGAGCAGACGCCGCUCAAAGAGGAACUGAAGGAUACCAGCGGCGACUGCUGCUGCCGGCACAAGUGUUGCGUGCACAGUAACGACAGCAUCCUGCAGAAGACCAAGAUCCUCUCGGACCUCAUUCUCAAGACGCAGAACCCGCUCUUCCGGCAUCUAUUGGGCUCGAUGGACGGACUGGAGAACAUGUGGAGCAACAUCGUGGACGCGAGUAGCACGUGCGGCCAAGACCUCAGAGUAAAGAACGAGAACGUUACCGAGAUCGAGCAAGACUUGCCACUGGACCUGACGAUCAACAAAUAACGAACAAUCGGCUGUCAACGUACCAAAAAGCUCGUAGUUGUCAAUAUGAAUUUUAUCUUUAUCAUUUGACAAGAUCCGAAUUAAACGAAACGCCACGCAUUUUAGACGCAGUCGAUCGAAAUGAUCAUUAAUUGACCGACAAAGCAUUAUUAAUUUAUCACCGAAUCAAAAGUUUCGAUCGCAUUGUGAGGCCAAAUAUAUUUUUAUAAUUUACAAUGUGAGAAAAAUGACGAGAUGAAAGCAAUCCAAGAUUGAACAACGAAUUUGCUCAAUCCGUAGCUACCUAAAAAGUUGCGCUAAUCGAACCGUAAAUCAAUGCUAAUGAGAGCUAAUCGAUUACUUGGAGAUAACGUUCGCUUUUGAAAUUGACUACCAAAAUCGGAUUAGGUAGCUGAAACAACAAUGAGAGUUAAACUUAUUAUAAGGCUGUAAAUAUAUCUGAAAAGUACGUAAAGAAAUGCGAGACAAUUGGCUUCUGCCCGGUAAUUUAUCUAUUAGAAUUCAAUUUGAAGAGUUAUAGUUUUUAUUAAGUAAGACGCUUAACCAUCAUAUCUCAGUACCCUAUGUAAACAAAACAUAUGUAUCAUAUGUAUAUAGAGAUUUAUAUGUAUGUAUAUGUAUGUGUGGCGAGUCAAUUGAUAAAUGAGAUAAUAUGAAGUGAA